AGACCAGGGACACACAAACACAGGCGGUAAGGGAUGACAGGCAAUCGUCGUGCAGCUCCGGCUGUGCCCAGCCCCUUCACGACACCCAUACUGCCCACCAAUGGCACCGCAACCCCCGAAUCUGGGAGGGGCCAGCCAGGAGGACAGGACCACAGGAAGUUCAUGAGUGAGAUACAACACCUCCACUUGCCAUCGUGGGCUGUGGCUGCUCUCUGUCUGGUGAGCGUGUGUGUGGUGCUGUCAUGCUGUGUGUGUGUGUGGAGGAAAUGCUUGAAGAAGAAGGACAAGGACAAGGAGAAGAAGGGAAGAGAGAAGGGCAAGAGUGGCAUUGACAUGGACACUGAAAUGGAGGGAGGCCAGACUGAGCCUCUGAAGGAUGAGGGGGACAGAGAGACAGGAUUAACUAAGAGUGAUAAAGAAGAAGAGCCCAAAGAGGAGGAAAAGCUGGGGAAGUUGGAAUUCUCACUGGAUUACAACUUCACAGAGAACACGUUGGCAGUAGGGAUUCUGCAGGCGUGUGACCUCCCAGCCAUGGACAUGGGAGGCAGCUCUGACCCCUACGUUAAACUGUGCCUGCUACCAGACAGGAAGAGGAAGUUUGAGACCAAAGUCCACAGGAAGACCCUCAACCCCACCUUCAAUGAGAACUUCACAUUUAAGGUACCCUACUCCGAGCUAGGUGGCAGGACUCUGGUGAUGACCGUGUAUGACUUUGACCGUUUCUCCAAACAUGACGCGAUUGGUGCGGUGAGGGUACCAAUGAGCAGUGUGGACUUCAGCCACAUGACCCAAGAAUGGAGAGACGUGCAGAAAGCUGAGAAGGAGGAGAGUGAGCGUUUAGGUGACAUCUGCCUGUCUUUAAGGUAUGUUCCUACAGCAGGCAAGCUGACCGUCGUCGUGCUGGAGGCUAAAAACCUGAAGAAGAUGGAUGUGGGCGGGCUGUCAGAUCCAUACGUGAAGAUCCACCUGCUGCAGAAUGGGAAGAGACUGAAGAAGAAGAAAACGAGCACCAAGAAGAACACUCUGAACCCUUAUUACAACGAGUCCUUCAGCUUUGAGGUGACAUUAGAACAGAUGCCGAAAGUACAAGUAGCAGUGACGGUGUUGGACUAUGAUAAGAUUGGAAAGAACGACGCCAUAGGGAAGGUUUUUCUGGGGAGUACCAGCACUGGGACUGAGCUACGCCAUUGGUCGGACAUGCUGGACAACCCCCGAAGGCCUAUUGCCCAAUGGCAUGUCUUGAAAUCUGAGGAUGAAGUCAAUGCUGAACUGUCCAACAAGAAAUAACCCUCUAACUCUACACCUGCACCCCAUUAAGGAAUCCAUAAAUCCCAAACUGCCCAAAAUGAUUCCAUGACUUUUGCUCUUCUAUCUUCCACUCCCCCCUUAGAACAUGCCCAUGUGCUCUGAUGGGCCCACAGACACACACACACACAUUGGUGAAACUGAUAUGUGAAGUAUAAAUGUGUAUGUCAUGCUAAUAAACAAUAAUCCAUUUUUCCC